UUUGGAGCCCAAAGCUGCUUCAGCCCUGCCAGAAGAUCCAUGGCUCCUGGAAGCUAAACCAAAAACAACAGCAGGACCCACUCCCUCCCCUGUGCCCGUGGAGACGCAAGUGCAUGCCGGUGGAGGAGUGGAGGCUCUGGUCCAUUGCGUGCAGGGGUGAACACCAUGCUAUGCCUCCUUCUAGUCACUCAUCACCAACAAGUUUGAUGUCCUGAGUAAAAAGGAUUUUCCUCCUCUGGGCGAGAAUGCCCCACAGCAGCAAGCGGUAAAACCAUCCUCUGUCCGCCGCAAGCUGCUGAAGGAGGCUGUCGCACGGAGGAGCUCCAAAAGUGACACCGACUCUGGGGCUCAGGACCCUCCGCUGCUGGUUAAAGGUGCUUCCCUGGACUAAAACGCUCCCCGGUGUCACUCAGUCCAACACAGAAGCGUGUCAAAAAUUAUCAACAAAACCAAAGCCUCCUCGGAAAAACAAAAACAUGACCAAUCUGAAAAGAAUUUGCAGAAAAGCAGAACGGAGGUGGCAACGGGACAAGUUGCAGAUUAAUUAUGAAAUCCUCAGAGAAUAACUCACCAUCUACAACAAAACACUUUUCAAAAUUAAUUAAUGACAAUCAAAAUAACCCAACACUUUCUUCAACCAUAGACCGUUUAAUCAAUCCUGUUUUCAACCAACCUUACAAUUGAGACUUGUCAUGAGAUGACCUUGCAGCCCACUUCAGCAGUAAAAUAAGAUUUAUCAGAUCAAACCUUUUACUUUCUCAGUCUUUUAAUGUUUAUCCUUCAGAACCUUUGCUUUUAAAUGGGGAAACCAUGGAGAGUUUUGUCCUGGUUGAUGGUGAGAUGCCUAAAAAAGCUUUUAAACAACUCAAACCAACUACCAGUUGUAUUGAUGUUACUCAGAGCUGUCAGGGACAUCGUUUCAGUGUAUUUUUAUUUUAUCUCUGUGUCAUCUAUAUCGGCUUUUGGCAUUUAUUUGUUAAAGUUAAUGAUCAAUAUAACUACAAAAGCUUAGGAGGAGUAUAAAUACGGAAUAAAAACAUUGGGUUCUCAGUAUAUGUUUACCUUAGUUUGGAGUUAGGGCGCUUGUGCAACAUUUAACCCAGCUGUGUGACCAGUGAAAAACAAGCCCUCAGAGACAGUGGAUUUGAAAGCAGUUAGCUCCUGUGCCUAAGCAGUUUCAUGAUCAACAACAAGUGUGUCCAGUGACUGUUAUUUUAAACCCUUUGUCUUUUUAGCUAUGGUGUCAGGUGCAUGCAUGCAGUGUCAAGAAUCCACGAAACCAGGUGGAAAGUUGACAGGAAAUAAGGGCCCCAGGCGUCUUAAACCACAGUUGGAUGUUAUUUUUUUACAAUCCUGCAGCAUAAAAUUGAAUUUCAGUCACCUCCACUGGAGAGGUGAGGGAGUAAUUUGGUCCAAAAGAUGUUUCUGAAAUAUAUUGUAUGUUUUCUUUAUAUUGUGCUGACUUUUUAAAAUGUAUUUUAACCUUAAAUGAAGCAACUUGCAGAGACUGGAUCUGUUGCUGAGUACAGCAAACACAACCUGCUAGAUAACCUUAAAUAGAUCAAUAGCUGUUCACAGAACAUCGGAUUUUCAGCCACAGAAAAGUCAUUAAAGAGAUAUUUUAGCAGUUAACUUUAACAGCUUUGAAGGCUCAACUACGUUUGUUUUCCUAUCAUUAAUUACAACACUAAUUGCUAUAAACAGUUGCAUAUUUCUCUUUUAACCUUAAUUCUAGAAAGCCCUCUAGAUUUAUGAGCAGCUGCCUUAGCCUGCAAUUACCCAUAAUUAUAAGUAUAUAGUAUGCAUACGCGCUUUCAUACUGAGUCAGUGUUUGUGCCUCAGAUGGAAAAAGAGAGUGGAUACUGCAGAGCCGGAGUCGCUGGCAACUGCAAGAUCAACAGAAGUCGUAAAAGUGAACCAGAAGCAUUUGUAGGAACGACUGCGCAGUCAUCGUUGUGAAGCAUCCUGAAGGAGUUUGUAACCGAUGCAGGAGCUUGUUGAAGUUUAACAUUCAGCUUCGAACCAUCUUCGCUUGCAGUACUGCAACUCAGUGCUUUUGAUACAGUGAAAUGCGACUUCAAAAACAUGCUUAUUGUGAACUUGUGACUGGAUGGUGUAUUCAUGACUUUGCGCUUUGAUAGAUCCUUAUCGUUGCUGCUAAACAUUCCUUCUUUAUCAUUCUAAACUUACUUAUAUUAUUACAUCAGUAAAAAUGUAUAGACAAUAUAGGUAUUUAUUACUAAAACUGGAAAACUACUCAGUUAAAGCUACUAAUUUAAUCCAUAUAUACGCUAAAUUCAACUCAAUCCCAACUCUAAUAAUUUUAAAAGGCAGUGGAGUUGAAGAACACUUCUACUGAAUAUGGUUAAUAGAAAAACUGAAGGUUGGAUAUAAGAGAUGCUUCUCUCCUCCCUCAGAGUGCUGCUUAUGUGAGGUAUCCUGAAUUGCUUUUCGGUAGAUGUUGGAUAUAUGAAGGUUGUGUUACACCGACUCACUUUCGCUUUGGAAUAAUGUAUUUAACAUGAGCCGUCUUACUGCAACUCUGCAAUGUUUUUCUUUGAUCCGGUUACAGAUUUUUAUUUCACCGCUUUCUUAUAGGUGCUCUGCAGCCGCCGUUGAUACAACAGUAUAAGGUGCCUCAGAAUCAGGUGCAUGGGAGUCCAGGAUCCAACUAUCAGCAAACUACCGUCACUCAAAGUCCCUCUGGGUAAGACAAUAUCGGCUCUGCAUCAAGAUCGGAAGAAGCAGAAGUUUCUUUGUCUCUAUUAAGACUUCUUCAUCAUCUUUCACAGAUGCUUUCCAUCGCAACAGUCUGGAUCCGGUCCAACGUUCAUCCCCCAGCAGAACAGCCCUAUACCCAGUCCCUAUACCCCCCAGAGUCCAGCUGACUUUAUACAGUACAACCCACCAAGUUACUCUCAACACCAACAGACCCAGCAAGGUGAGAGAAGGAGGAAGUGAAGAGAAAUGAGUUUCUAGUUUCCUGCUAACCACAAAAAGUCUCACUCUCACUAUAAGCCAUAUCAGCCGGACGAAUUCAGAUGUAAAUAUUACUUUAAGAUACUGUGAGCCAGUUGUGAUGUUAUCCAAUGUACACAAUGUUAUUAGAACAGUUCAGCUCUGGGAAAACACAGAGCAGUUUUGAAUCUUCAUUUUGUUUGUAUGUUAUGUUGAAAGUUGAAAUCAGGCUGGGUUAUUUGCCACAAGACAAGUCAACUAAAUGCUUUUCUUGGUUAUUUAAUUUUGGUAGCUUUGUUACACAACUUUCCAGAACAAGUGGCUAUUCAUAACAAGAUGCGGCUCUUAGAGGAUUGUUCCUCACUGAGCUUCAGAUGCACUCUAACCUUGAACUGUUUGAAUAUCUGCAAGUUCCUCCUACUUAUCUUGAGAAAACAAUAACCCUUUUUACAACAACACCACCUGCAUGUUUUUUUUAAUAUAAAUGAAGCUGCCCACAAGAAAACUCUUAAAAGCGCCCAAACUUUUAAACUCACUGACAUGGCGAGACGGAGGUUGAUCAGCUGACACCUGCUUCCUCUAAAAUCUGUGACAUUGAAGGUGAGUAAACUGAACAUCGAAUGUUUCUCUCUGUUUUAGUUACCACUGUUGUGAGGAAUUCCCAUGACAACAAGGUCUCCGGACAGCUGUCAAGUAAUUCAUCUCAUCAUAAUGCAAGACUAGGCUCAGAUGAAGACUACAUGAACAUGGCUCACAGACUGGGACAUGAGGUAACGCAGAGAAUCACAACAAUCCUGAUCUGUACCUCAGCAGAUGUUGAUUAUUCAAGCUGUUGACAAAUGUUGUCUACAUUAACAGGAGAAUGACCCCUCCAUGAGGGCCUCCAAGUUUGCAGUUAAAUCUCCACAGCCUGUGUGUUCCCCUGCCGGGAAUGAGGAGUCUGUGAGAAGUACGCCACCUCAAGAAUUAAUCAAUAUCAAUCUUUCAGAUUUGAAAAUAAUGUACCAGUAAAAUUCCUCCAAGACACUCACUUUCCCUUGAACCCUUUUUGUCUUUAAACAGAGCCCAGACGUUCUCUCAUCAUGCAGUCACCCCCACCUGAAAUGCCACCAGAUGCAGCUCCUGACCUCCUCCUCACCUCUGACCGCAAGAGGAAGCAGAAAGAAAGGAGUAGAGAUGAAAACAAGCAGGUGGAAAAUAAUGCGAUGUACGACAUUGUUAGCUCUCCGCAGAAAGACUCGCCUAGGCUGACUCUAAAACUGUCACGAGUUAAGAGUCCGGACAUGGAUCAACCACAUAUCGGCUCGCAUGAAACUGAUUUGGUGAACAACAACGACCCGUUUUCGAGAACUGCCCAGGACUUGUCGCACAAGUUAGGUGCUGAGGAGCAGGCGAACUCUCAGCAUGUACCAGUGCGGCAAAAUAUGAAGGACGUCGGUGGAGUCAUAGGUGUGUUUGACGAGGCUGAGAUCGACACACUUGUGGAGAUGGAGAGAAUAGAGCGGGAGUCAGCAAGCGAGAAGGAACGGUGGUCUAAAGAAGUCCAGGAUAAAGGUAACUGUUCUCCCGUCUUUUCCCUUUGCUUUCAUGCAUUUGUGUUUGUAGAAGAUCUAAGUUACUUUUUGUGAAAUUUCAGAUAAACCUCUAAAAAAAAGGAAGCAAGACUCAUAUCCUCAGGAAUCUGGAGCUGAGCCAAGUGACGGGCCUCCUUCACAAGGGGGCAACACUGACAGCAAGCCGACACCUAAGAAGAUGAAUGCUGCCAGUAAUGGUUCCAGUCGGCCAGCUUUGAUGGUCAGUAUUGAUCUGCAACAAGCUGGCAGAUUGAUAAGACAGCCUGUUGUGGUCUUGGAACCCCAGCAGCUGUGUGAGGACCACCUAAAGCGCAUAAAAUCAAAGGGUGAUGGAAUGGAAGAAAAAGUUGUUGAAAACAGACCCGAGGUCAUCAAACAGCAUGCAGACAAGCCGAAGAAAUCGGACUCAGACGGGCAAUCAGAUACCCCGAAACAGAAGCAGGACAGUCGGCGCGAAUCCAAACACAAACACGAUGGCAGAACUGACAGCAGCAAGGGACACACAGAUGACAGACGGCCAGACACACCACGGCAGAGACAUGACAAGCAUUCAGACUCAGGCCACAAAGAAGAAAAGAAUCACAACAGUCACAGAUCCAGUGUCAGCCAACACAAGACUCCGAAAACCACAAGAGAGGCAGAGCGUAACUCCAGAAAUGGAGAAGAAAGAGCACAGGAACGAGAUAAAGAUAGAGACAGGGACAAAGAUAGAGAAAGAAAAAAGGAUAAAGAUAGAGAAAAAGACAGAGAUAAGGACAGAGAAAAAGACAGAGAUAAGGACAGAGAAAAAGACAGAGAUAAGGACAGAGAAAAAGACAGAGAUAAGGACAGAGAAAAAGACAGAGAUAAGGACAGAGAAAAAGACAAAGAUAAGGACAGAGAAAAAGAAAGAUAAGGACAGAGAAAAAGACAGAGAUAAGGACAGAGAAAAAGACAGAGAUAAGGACAGAGAAAAAGAUAGAGAUAAGAAUCGGGAACGAGAUAAAGAUAGAGAAAGAAUUAAGAAUGGGGAGAGAGACAAAGAUAAGGUCAAAGUUAGGGACAAAGAAAAAGAUCCAGAAAGAAAAAGGGACAGAGACAAAGAUAGAAACAAAAAUCAGGACAAAGAAAGAGACAGAGACCGAGAGAAGGAAAGGAAAAACAAAACACUGUCAAGUGAAAACUGCAACCGACACUCUCCUGAGCAAAAUAACAAACCUGACAGCGCCAGAUUAAAGCAAGAUGGAAGCAGAAAAUCCAACGACCUUAAUGGCCGCCAGAGGACGGAUGGUUCCAGCCUUCAGAAUGCCCAGCAUAGGGAUGAGACCAGAAGUGGAGAUGGUCAGAUGAGCUGCCAAGCUGGAAAGAAGCAGGAGACGAUGUCCAGCGAGUUCCCCGCAUACCUGCUGGGUAACAAGAAAGGAAGUCUGAAGAACUUUGUGAUUCCCAAGUUGAAGAGGGAUGGGAAAGAAAAGGAUCCUCAACCUCAGAACCAACUGAAAGAUGUGUGGGCAGAGCCCCGAGUCAGGCUGGAGAGGGUGUCACUGGUCGAAAACCUAAACAAAGGAGCUAAGCCGGUGGUUGUGGUUCAGAAACUCAGCAUCGAUGAGGUGAAAAACAUCAUCAAGGACAGCAGGAAUCAACACAGAUCCAGGAACUGGUCCUGCUCUGAUAAAUCAGAGAGAGGUAUGAUUGACUUUAACUGUAUUUACACACUCCACUGUCUGGAAUGGAUGUGUUUAUUUGUUUUAAACCACUGCCUCUGAAUCACGCACAGCCUUUUAUCCAAAUAGUUGAUAAUGCUUUGAUUAAAUGUCUUACAGAGAUGUCAAACAAGCGAAGACACGGCAUGAUUAGUAAGAAAUCCAAGUAUGCUGAGCUGGACUCUGACGAAGAGGAAGAGGAGGAGGAAGAUUCUGAAGAUGAGUGUAAGCAUUAAAACCUAAAGGAAGCUGAUGUUUGUGCUAAAUUAGCUUCUUACCUGCACAUGUUAAUGGAAGUUUUGUUUUUAUGUUCUCUGUUAUAGCUACCAGGAAAAAGCAAAAGAGAGAUCAUGACAAGACUUGGAAGCAUGAAGAAAAGAGAAGCUCAGGAGAUCACCGGCGAAGUGGAGGUUUUCACAAUGCUCGGCGGGGAUCAGGAAACCGCCACCGUGACUGGAACCCAGAUGAUUCAGAUGAAGGAUCUCCUCCCCCAAACCUCAGUGAUGGUAAGAAAAAAAAGACACACUGAUUUCCAAACUGCGAUUAAGUAACUCAGAUCCUCUCAGUUAACACAGAGAAGGCAGGCUUUGUGACCUUUGUAACCCCUACUGUUGCCGGGCAACAGAGGGCACUCCAAAUGAUUUGAGUUUAUUAUUGAGAAGCUGUCAUGUCACCUGUCACCUGCAUCUUCUGACGUUGUUUUUGUUGUUUUUUUGUUAAGUUGCCAAAAAAAUGAAGAAACAGAAGCAGAAAAACAAGAGAGCGCACGAGUCCAGGCUGACACUUGAGGGUAUUGUUCUGUCACUUCCAUGUCUUCAGAGUUUUUAAUCAUUUUUUAAAGACUACCACUGAUUGGUUUUGUUUAUAAUCAUUGUACAGAGGUAAUGGACUCCUCCACAUUCAAGAGGUUCAGUGCCAGUGUGGACAACCUGCUGGAGAGCCUUGAAGACGUGGACCUCACAGCUGGUAAGUGAGCGCUGCACAGUCUCACUUGUUCUUCUCAUUAAUUUAAUGACAAAGACGACAUUAAAACUGUGUCUCAAACAGAUGACGACGACGAUGAGAUACCUCAAGAGCUCUUGCUUGGGAAGCACCAGUUGAGUGAGCUCGGUAGUGAUUCUGCGAAAAUCAAAGCCAUGGGCGCUUUUAAUAAGGUAAGAUCUGGAUUUCAUCAUACGUUAAUUUAUAGCAGAAUAAUUAUUAAUUAAAUGGUGAAUUCUUUGAUCCACAGUUUUCUUCUGAUAAACUGGUGAAAAUCUUGAACAUCCUGGAGAAGAACAUUCAGGACAGCGUCAAACUUUCCACCUUAAUGAACCAUGUGAGUGGUCAGCCUGGUUUGAUUUCGUGAUGAAAUUCCAGAGCUUCUCAGCAGGACUUGUUCUUAAACUGAAACUCUAAUUGUCAUUUCUGACACUCGCAGGGUAAUGACUCGAUGGAUGAAGAGCGUCUGUGGCGGGACCUGAUCAUGGAGCGGGUGACCAAGUCUGCUGAUGCCUGUCUGACUGCACUCAACAUUAUGACAUCUCCACACAUGCCAAAGGCUGUUUACAUUGAGGACGUGAUCGAGCGGGUGCUGCAGUUCACCAAAUAUCACUUGCAAAACUCUCUGUACCCUCAGUACGACCCGGCCUACAGGGUGGACCCCCAUGGAGGUCAGUAUCUUUCUGUGGGUCUUCCCUGUUCUACAGUAAGAGAGGAUAUCUUGAUUACAGACACAAAACACCUCAUUUGAAAAACAUGUUUCAACAUAUCCUGGAUAUAGUCUGAUGUCCGAAGUCUGAACUAUUUCUGAACAGAAAUCAUCAUUUAAAGCAUCUGCUGCCUGAUACAUAUUCCUUCAUUGCCUUCAGUACAUUCAGAGAGACCCUCUCUCUCAGACCCCAGCGUACCUAAAACCCUUUUUACCCAUUUUUUUUUUUUGUUGCACGCUUGGGACAAAAAGCAAAGUUAGGCUUUUGAAUCGGUCACAGAGCAAACACUGCUUCUGACAUUUUUCAUAUUCAUGACAUUGCAUAAAUUAAUCUUUUAGUUUUAACUGAGAAAUUAACUCUUAUUUGGAAUAAUGAGCCAAGCUGCCAAGAAGGCAAUAACAAGACAGCUCGAGUCCGCUUCCUUAUCCAUAGAGGACAGGUUUGAUAUAGUAUAUUACGUCUAUAACAGAACAGGUUAUAGUUCCUUUUGGGCUUUAGAAAAUCAAGCCUGAGACUUUUUUGAAAAGAUGGGAAUCAUAUAUUUCCCCUUAAUGCUUCUCUGUUGCUAUGAUAUGCCUAUGUAAUAUAACAAACUACAGUAUGUAUACACACACAUGUAUGUCCUUUUUUUUACACACAAAGACGCCCACGUUAAAACCUUUUUCUUUUGUUUUCCUUUUAGUUUUGUUUCAUCAUUUUUAUUGUAAAAACUGUUAAAUGGAUGGCGUCAGGAGUUUUCAUAAUGACCUUGUAAUUCACAGUGAAAUUAUGUGAUUCUUUGUUGAACAAAAACAAACUUUUGUUUUGUUUUCUUUGUUCCUUUCUUUAGGUGGUUCGCAUUCUUCAAAGUCCAAGAAAGCAAAAAAUUCCUCCCACAAACAGAAAGUGGUCGUUACGCUCUACAACAAAGUGUGCGAUAUCGUCAGCAACAUGGCAGAGCUCCUGGAGAUCCAGCUGCUAACAGACACCACCAUCCUCCAGGUGAGGCUGAUCUGACAUCGUUCAGAGCGCAAACAUCUCACUCUUGAACACUGAAGUUCUGACUCUCCUGAUCAUUCUGUCGUCUGAUUUUUAGGUGUCCACUCUGGGUAUCACGCCCUUUUUUGUGGAGAACAUCAGUGAACUGCAGUUAUGUGCCAUCACACUUGUGACAGCUGUAAGUCUACCACAGCAAGCAGUUUUAGCUUUACUUUGACAUUCAGAUUUGCUCUAAUUUGAAGUAUUUUUAAUUUGCUCUUAACUCUUGGAUAGGUGUUCUCACGGUACGAGAAGCACAGGCAGCUCAUUCUUGAGGAGAUUUUCACUUCUCUGGCUCGACUUCCUACCAAUAAACGUAGCCUGAGGAAUUUCAGGUAAUUGAGUCUGGAGUUAGUAUCUCAAAAUCUUAUAAAAAUGACAAGUUGGUUUUGAAGUUACCCCACAUCCAAGAAACCUAAUGUCUCUGAUUCCCUCAGGAUGAACUGCAGUGACUCAGAAGGAGAGCCCUCAUAUAUCCAAAUGGUGACAGCUCUGGUUUUACAGCUCAUCCAGUGUGUGAUAAACCUCCCAACUGAGACAGAUUCAGAGGAUGAACAUAAGAAGAAGGUAAUUGACGAAAACUGAACUUUCACUUUGUGCUAACCGUUUGAUUUGUCAAGUUUGAAGAAGAAUUCUUUAACACAUCAGGUUCUUUUUUCCCACAGGUGGAUAAAGAGGUUUUUAUCAUAAACUCUUUUGAAACCGCCAUGAGGACCGCUCAGAACUUCCUGUCAGUUUUUCUCAAGAAGUAAGUCCAAUUCUCAGCGAACAACACAGUCUGAUUUUCCACAUAAAAAACCACAAACUAAAGAUCUAGGGCCAAAUCAGGUGACCUCUUGGUGGCCCCAGCAUACUUGAAUCCGACACAACACACGUGACUUUCUGAUUGUUUCAUGGCGGUUACGCUCCCACAAGAAUGUACAUGAAGACGCUGGAUUUCCUUUACUUGCAGCUGGAGUCGUGUUUCUUCCUGCCUGCUGUGUAUUUCGUUGGCAUGGCCGUGCAUCGUCACUGCUACUGAGGCUCAGCAAAGGCAGAAAAAAAAAUGUAUCAUGCUCAAAAUGUUUGGCCCGUCUGAUUGUUCUGGUGUUCAAAUCUGGCCCUGUUGAAAAUGUAAUUGAAUAGCCCUGCUCGAGACUGUGCGAUGAGCCUGUUUUUAAUUUGUGUAAAUCGAUCACAGGCUGCAGAACUCGGCCAAUGCUGGGCAACUGCUGCCUCAAUUGGUUAAUUAAUUUGUGUCAUUUUGAGAUUGAGUCUUAAAUGAUCAGUUUGGGUACCACAUAAUAUUUGCACGGUCAACAAAAAUCAAAGACUAAGUGGAUAAUUAAUUCCUGUGCACUGCAAGUGGAAAUGACCAUCUUUGUCAAUAGAGUCGGAUGGCCUCUGAGCUGUUUGUGUUUAAUAAAGCAUCUUAUUUUCUGACAAAAAGCUCUGCCUCUGGAGGGAUCUUCCUCUACUCUCUGGCCAUGGCUGUACUAUAUAUAUUAUGUUAUGUAAUGAAAUGUAUUUAAGUCAAAUAUUAUUCUCCGUGUGUACAGGUGUGGCAGUAAACAGGGGGAGGAGGACUACAGGCCUCUGUUUGUGAACUUUGUUCAUGACCUGCUGUCCACAGUCAACAAGCCUGAGUGGCCUGCAGCUGAACUGCUGCUCAGUUUACUGGGCCGGCUGCUGGUCAGUUGCAUCGCUCACUUUAAAGGUCUCAUUACUCAUCUCCCGUCUGGUAGUAGCAGCUGCUGAUUUUUAUUUUCCACCUUCUGGGUUCCAGGUGCACCAGUUCAGCAACAAGCAGACGGAGAUGGCGCUCAGGGUGGCAUCACUGGACUACCUCGGCACUGUCGCCUCAAGCCUGCGUAAAAAUGCUGUCACCAGCAAGAUGGACCAAAAGGCUAUUGACCGCAUCGUCCGAGAGGUAGACUAUUUGUUUAUUCACCUAUGAAUGUAAAUAAACUGUCAUAUUGGACUGCUUUUGAUGUGCUCUUGACUUUUCUUAAAGACACAAGGCAGCGAUGAGACCCAACAACUCCAGAAGGCUUUGCUGGACUAUCUGGAUGGGAACACUGAGAUGGAUCCAUCACUUGCGGUGAGUGUUUCCUUUUCAGACAAUAAGUUUUGUCUUUUUGAAAGCCACAUUAAGUAGUUUGUUAUUCUCUUUAGUAUAAAUUUUCCUGCAUUUUCGCUCAUGUUGGUGUGCUUUUCCCUCCCCUAGUUUGCCAGGAAGUUUUAUAUUGCCCAGUGGUUCAGGGACACAACAAGUGAGGUAGAGAAGGCAAUGAAGACUCAGACUGAGAACGAUGAGGACGUCCGAGGUCUGUAUCACUCCCAUGAUGUUGACUCAACUGCAGAGAUUAUGCAGAGGGCCGAGUCAAGAAAGAAAUUCCUCCGCAAGAUCAUAAAGACAUCGCCAUCGCAUUCAAGCUCUCUGAGGUUUGCUCCUCUUCACUGUGAACCACUGUCCUUUUUUUUACCACGCUGACUGAGUUGUUCACCAACGCCUUACUUCUUUUCCUCCAGGUUAAACUCCGACACUGUGGAUUACGAGGACUCCUGUCUGAUUGUCAGAUAUCUGGCCUCCACGAGGCCGUUUGCACAGAGCUUCGAUGUUUAUUUAGCACAGGUGAGAGGAUUGUUUCAAAAUAAACGUGAAUGAGAGAUUUUAAUGUGCUGCCUGUCGUCAAUCAUUUCCCCUUUUGAUUCUUUUGCAUAGAUUCUGAGAGUGCUGGGUGAGAGUGCCAUUGCCGUCAGAACCAAAGCCAUGAAGUGUCUGUCUGAAGUGGUAGCUGUCGAUCCAAGCAUCCUGGCACGGGUACGUCAUCCUUAAUUGGCUGCUACACAUCUUUAAGACUAUGUAAUUAAUAGCUUUAGCACUGACUGUAAAGAAAAAAAGCACAUUUACUAUAUCUCAACAAGUCACACCAGUCAUACUUGCAUCCUAAUCAUUCAGUAAGUUUGUUUGUGCUCGAUUGAUUUCCCCUUGUUCUUGUUUUCAGCUGGAUAUGCAGCGUGGCGUUCACUGUCGUCUCAUGGACAACUCCACCAGUGUGCGAGAGGCCGCCGUGGAGCUCCUCGGCCGUUUUGUUCUCAAUCGACCAGAGCUCAUCGAGCAGUACUAUGACAUGCUCAUAGAGAGGAUACUGGUAAAUAAUCAAGUCUUAUUGUGAUUUUAAGAUGUGGUCGAGUUUAAAAAGAUCUGUUAACAGACAAAUGUUCAGUUUAAGACUAAACUUUGUCUUAAACUGAAGUCGACCCUGUCCAAAGAGUUCAUUCAAAGUGCUAAAGGUCAGCUGAGGUAAAAGCAUCUUUUACCCACACUGCCACCUAAAGGUCGAAUAAGGAACUGCAAACACUUAGAAGAUGACUGAAAUGCAGGAAAAACAUCACUUUUACUGAAUUUCUUUGUACUUAAGAGCAAAAAUAUAAAAUUUUAAUAAUGAGUCAGAAAAAUCAAAGAACAAAUAAACAGCUUUAUGAAAUGAUUGAAUGAUACCUUCACAUGCUCAUUCCUUUAAAGUUGCCUCACCCAACUUUAACAACUGUAAAGGAAACCCUUUUAUCCUAAUAGAUUUUCAUUUUCCAGCCCGGUUUGGUUAACAAAAAGACGCUUUCAUUCUGUCAUUACACAGGACACAGGCAUCAGUGUUCGGAAGAGGGUCAUUAAGAUCUUGAGAGAUAUUUGCCUGGAGCAGCCAGACUUCAAAAAGAUCACUGAGAUGUGUGUGAAGAUGAUCCGGAGGGUCAACGACGAAGAGGGGAUCAAGGUUUGUUUGAACAUUUUUAAUUGAAAAACAUUUGUUGUUCUUCAGCACAGAUAAUUAAACCAUAGAUGUCUUUUUUUCUUCUGCAGAAACUGGUUAAUGAGACAUUCCAAAAACUCUGGUUCACCCCAACACCAAGCCACGACAAAGACGCCAUGACCCGGAAGAUACUCAACAUAACAGAUGUGGUGUGUAGUAUACAUACAUAACAAAAGUGUGUAUCAGUUUGUCAUAGUGUGACUAAUAUCAUGUUUUUCAUCCAGGUGUCAGCAUGUAGAGAUUCAGGUUAUGACUGGUUUGAGCAGCUUCUGCAAAAUGUAAGAAACUGAUCAUUGAGGCCUCCUUUUUUAAACAUUACUCACUUUGUUUUUGUAAAAGCCGCAGACCUCUCAAUGUUUGCAUGUGUGUAUUCUUUCCAGCUGCUAAAAUCAGAGGAGCAAGCUUCAUACAAACCCACCAAGAAAGCCUGUGUUCAGCUGGUGGACAAUCUAGUGGAACAUAUACUGAAAUAUGAGGAGUCUCUUGCAGGUAAAGCAAGAAAUUCACCCUAUCUAGUACUUUAAAGUUUUCUGUUUGUGUUUAUAUCGUGUCCCAUGACAAACUCACGCUCUUCUUUGUUUGCGUUUCAGACUGUGAGGACAAAGGGGUCACCUCAGAUCGUCUGGUAGCAUGCAUCACCACGCUCUACCUGUUCAGUAAGAUCAGAGCACAGUUAAUGGUCAAACAUGCUAUGACUAUGCAGCCCUACUUGACCACCAAGUGCAACGUAAGUAUAAAAUCAUCAUGUUCAGGGUAGGUCUGCCUCAAACUGUGAGAAGUCACUUGUUGAGACAGGUGCCGAUUAGAUAUGAAAUGAACCACUCCAAGUUUUAUGUUGUGCUGUAGCUCCCUCUAGUGGCAGACAGUUGAAAACACAGUUGAAUGCACAGUCUUUCCGGGCAUGCAAGAAGAUGUUUUGUUGAAGCAUUUGAGGAGACCUUAGCUGUCAUCAACAACUGUUAUUCUCCAGCUCAGCUUUGGACUGUCUUUGUUUUGAUAUUUCAGACUCAAAAUGACUUUGUAGUGAUUUGUAACGUGGCGAAGAUCUUGGAGCUGGUCGUACCUCUGAUGGAGAAUCCGAGUGAGACUUUCCUUACGACCAUCGAGGAAGACCUGAUGAAGCUCAUCAUCAAACACGGCAUGACGGUAGCCUAAAACAAAAAAAAAACAAAUGACAUGAAUGUGAAACUGCCUACUUGAACAUACAUAUUUGACUCAAAGGUGUCAUGCGUUUUUGUGUUGUCCAAUCAGGUUGUUCAAAACUGUGUGAGCUGUCUCGGGGCCGUUGUGAACAAAGUCACACACAAGUACGAGUAUGUCUGGAGAUGUUUCAAUCGGUUCUACGGUAGGUCGUCUCAUCUGUAACAGACUUUCUUAUAUACACAUGCCUUUGAAUGAAAAAAGGAUGGAGUAUUGGAUCGGAUUUUAGUUAAACUGAAAGUCGUUUGAAACUCCCUACCUCAUCGUCUCAUUUCACGUCCAUGUUAUAGGAGCUCUGGUCAAACUGAAGACGCAGCACCAAGAGGACCCAAGAAGCGCCACUCUGGCUACUAACAAACCCACACUGCUGCGCUCGCUGUUCACCGUGGGGGCUCUCUGUCGACACUUUGACUUUGACCAGGAGGAGUUCAAGGGAGCGAACAAGGUAAACACAAGUAAUCAGUUCGGUCCAUUGUGUGACUGUGUGUGCAGACCAACUGUUGAUGUUUGGAAGACUGACGGACUUUCUCGUCUUCAUCUGCCUUUUCAGAUUGUCAUCAAGGACAAAGUGUUGGAGCUUCUGUUGUACUUCACCAGUCAUGAGGAUGAGGAGGUCCAGAUUAAGGCAAUCAUUGGCUUAGGUAAAGUAGCAACCAUGACACCACUGUAUUGAAACUUCGUUCUAUUGAUGAUGGCUGAUUGCUCCAGCCUACUUACUUUAACGCUUUAUAUGACCUCUAGGCUUCCAGUUCAUCAUGCACCCGGAGCUCAUGUUUGUGCAGGAUGUGAAGACCCUGUAUAACGGCACCCUGUCAGAUGAGAACAGUUUGGUCAGUCUGAAGAUCCACGUGUUAAAAAACCUGCAGACAUACCUACAAGAGGAGGACUCUCGAAUGCAGGAGGCGGAUCGUGAAUGUGAGUAUAACCAGUCACUUAUUUUUCACUAAUGCAUGAAAAUGUACCAGCAUGUUUAACCCAUUAAGACCUGAAACCUGUCUGAGACACGCCUCUGAAAUGCUGAGGGCCAUUUUAAGAAGGGCCCCCAGAUCCUGAGGUUUUCUGAAGUGUUGAGGUUUACAAAAAAAAGCUGAUAUAUCAGCCUCUGUAGCAGAUAGAAACAAAAUUCAAAAACUAUUUGAGAGCUUACAAAUGUGGCUCUAAAGGUAACUAUCUUUUAUUUGUCCGAACCUUCAUCAUAUUAUUGAAACACUUGAACAAACAAACUCAAAUGAAGUAAAGCGGCUGUAAAAAUAAAAGCUCUGCACUGGAGAAUAACAAAUAAUUUGCUUUCUGUAAAACAAGUGGCAGUCAUGAUAAAGUGUCCAUUCAGCACAAAUGUAAAUAUAAAAAAUAAAGUGUUGAAAGGGUAUGCAGCUGCCCUAGUAUUGUGCCAGUACAAAAGUUUACUAAAAAAAAAUAAAAAUAAAUAAGUGGCUGACAGUGUGUUCAUCUCUGUGCUCACCCAAAGUCAUGCAACACACAGAAAACGCCGAUAGUGUGAGUCGAAGCACUCCAUAUGAAGAGGUUGUUCACACUGCUGGAUGCUUCUCCUCUGAAGCUGCUCUCUGCCUCCGUCAUUGUUUACUUUCUUCACGAAGCACGUAGCAAGCUUUAUUAGCCUAUCAGAGGCAGAUGGGUAUGAUGAUUUUAUUCACCAUGAUUCACCAGAAAUGAUUGAAAAACUACAGAAUGUUACGACAUGCCAUAUCCGCGCUCCCGGCUUGAAGGGUAGACAUAAUCAGCAGUGCCGCCGGCUCAGAAGGUUGAAAUGCGUACACGCUUCUCCCGGCUUGAAGGGUUGAAAUACCUACAUGCACCCAGCUUUCCAAGUAGAAAUGCACAGCCGCGCUCCCGGCUCGGAAGGUUGAAAUGAGUACAUGCUGUCCCAGUUUAAAUGGGUUAAGUUGUACUCAUAAUGCCUCAGAAGGCUAAUGCUGAAGUAUUUUAUCAAACAGGGAAGAAUCAAGCCAAGCAGGAGGAUCUGAAAGAACUGGGGGAUAUCGCAUCCGGCAUGAGCAGCUCCAUUAUGCAGAUUUACCUGAAGCAGGUGCUUGAGUCCUUUUUCCACUCGCAGUCUACUGUUCGACACUUUGCCUUGAGCGUGAUCACACUGACUCUCAGCCAGGGCCUCAUCCAUCCUGUGCAGGUACGUUCACAAGAGCAUCACACGAGAAGAUAUUUCUCACAUGCAGCGUCUUCUACUGCCUUUAAUGUAUUAUGAGACAUCCACAGAUUCACAUCAACUUUUUUACUUCUGUUUAGUGCGUGCCCUUUUUGAUCGCCAUGGGAACAGACCCUGAGCCGACCAUGAAGAACAAAGCCGAUCAGCAGCUGGUGGAGAUCGACAAGAAGUAUUCCGGCUUUAUUCAUGUGAGUUUCUCAGUACUUUAAACCAGAGACUGGGGGUCCAGUUUGAGACUCGGACUCAGAGCUCAAAGUGCUGCAUGUUGCUUUCUUUGCAGAUUGAUUGUAAACAAUGACUGAUGUUGCCCCCAGUUGUAAUACUUUAUAACUACCGAAUUUUUCGCACUAUAAGGCGCACUUAAAAUCCUUUGGGCUUGUCGGAGCACUGCAGUUACAGUAGCCUCACACAGUUAUUGAAUGAGUUAAAUAAAGUUUAACCUAUCUGACUGUUUUGUUUGGCUAAAUGCACUUUAUAAUCCGAUGCGCCUUAUGUAUGAAAAUAGACACGAAUAACGUGAAUAGACGUGUUCAUUGAUAGUGCGCCUUAUAAUCAGGUGCGCCUUAUAGUGCGAAAAAUACAAUAACAUUAAUAUUUAAAGCUGCUGUGAAGAACUUUUGUUUCUUGUUGACAUUGGUGCCCCUUGUGGACAAAGUGAUAUCUCUUUUUUCUGAUUUUUUUUUAAAUUUCUCUUCGGGGAUUAAAAAGUUCUUAUUCUUAUUGUUGUCCACGUGUGAUUUUGGUGUUUUCAGACAAAAACCUCACCCUGUUGUCUUUUAAGAGUAAAAUACAAUCAUUUUUAAUCAUGUUUAACUUAAUCUGUAAAAUUAAAGUCUAAUUUCUUUCAAACUAGCUGAUUUGUUUGGCUCUGUGUCCGCUUAGAUGAAGGCUGUCGCUGGAUUGAAGAUGUCCUAUCAAGUGCAACAGGCCAUUCACGGAUCCAACUCCUCAGUGAUUCGAGGUUUUCGCAAAGAAGACUCAGACGCCGCUCUCUGCUCACAUCUCUACACGAUGGUUCGCAGUAACCGACAACACAGACGAGCUUUCCUCAUUUCCCUGCUCAACCUGUUCGAUGACAGCUCCGUGAGUCUCCCCUGACGAUUUAUUUCCUCCCCUCUGCGUGGGUUCAUGUCUGCUAAACACUUCUUGGCAGCAGUGAACGUGCUUAUUGAUGUUUUUUCUCCCCUCGCAGAAAACGGAGGUCAACAUGUUGUUGUUUAUAGCAGACAACCUGGCCUGUUUCCCCUACCAGACUCAGGAAGAGCCUCUUUUCAUCAUGCACCAUAUAGACAUAACUCUGUCUGUCUCGGGCAGUAACCUGCUCCAGUCAUUCAAAGAGGUAAGAGGCAUUUACUUGUGUGGUUUAUCAUGACAUUAUGCUUUAUAUCUGCAGCAUUUCUGACUUUGAGUGUUUUUACUUUUUUGUGUAGUGUUUGCAGAAAGGACCCAUCCAGCAGGAGAAGAAGAAGAAAAAAAAGAUGAAGACCAAAAAGAAGAAAAAGAAGAAGAAGAAGCAAUCCCGGAAGAGGAAACGCGUCUCUGAUAAUGAAGACGAUGGGGAGAGCAGUAGCAGUUCCUCCUCCUCCAGCAGCAGCAGCAGCAGCAGCAGUAGUAGUAGCAGCAGUAGCAGUAGUGAAGAUGAGGUGGAGAUACAGAAGACGAAGAAAUCUGCAGCAGAUUCAGACUCUGACCUUGACGAUGAGGAUGCAGUGAUGGCUCGUCUACCUGAAAACCCAGUCCCUCUGGUGGACUUUGCCAGUGCUUCACAGGGGAUUCUGCUUCUGCUGGUCCUCAAACAGCAUCUGAAGAACCUGUACGGCUUCUCAGACACGUAUGUAGACCAACUCAUCUCCAAGUCAAUCGACUCCCUCUUUUAAGUCUUUCAGCUGUUUGCCUGACUGAACUGACCUGACCUUUGUGUGUUUUUUUAUUUUACAGCAAAAUUCAGAAAUACUCCCCAACAGAGGCUGCCAAAGUGUACGACAAAGCAGUGAAUAGGAAGUCGAAGGUGCACUUCAACCCUCGUCAGACAAUGGAUUACCUGAAGAGCGAUGUUUCCAACAUGAAUCUCAGCCACGAAACCAAGAGGAAUAUUGUGAAACAGUACCUGGACGUAAGCAGUCAAUGCAAUGUUGUAGCUAUUUAUCUGCAAGAUUUUCAUUAACCAUAAAGCAAAUUACCCAUUUGAUAUAUUUGCAUCAACUUUUUGCCGUAAAGAAGAGAAACAAGAUCAAGGUGGUGCAAAAUGAUCACAUCUAGAAACCUGACCCCUUUUUCUCACUUUUAUCUCACAGUUCAAGGUUCUGAUGGAGCACUUUGAUCGUGAAGAAGAAGACGAAGAGGGUGAAGCAAGUGCCAACGCCCGUAAUAAAAUCAUCACUUCACUGCUGAGGGGCCCGAAGCCCUUGAACCACAACCACAAUGAUCACACAGCUCCGGUGGAAUCAGAGGAUGAGGAGAGUGAGGAAGAAGAACCCUCUGCGGUAUGAAUGUGAAAUCCUUGGAGACAGUUAGACCUUGUGUGCACUUACCCACAUUCCUAACCUCAAGUUCACCUAGAGUACAUCUGAACUCUUCAACGUGAAGGAGUUCAAGUAUCUCCGGAUCUUGUUCACGAGUGAGGGUAGGAUGGAGCAGGAGAUCGACAGGCGGAUCGAAGUGGCAUCAGCAGUGAUGCGGAGGCUUAACCGAUCAGUUGUGGUGAAGAGCCGUAAAGCGAGACUCUCGAUUUACCCGCCAGUCUAUGUGCCGAUCCUCACAUAUGGCCGUGAACUUUGGGUAAUGAAUCAUGGAUACAAGCGGCCGAAAUGGGUUUCCUCCGCAGGGUGGCCGGGCUCAGCCUUAGAGAUAGGGUAAGGAGCUCGGACACUCGGGAGGCACUCAGAGUAGAACCGCUGCUCCUCCACAUCGCGAGGAGUCAGCUGAGGUGGCUCGGGCAUCUGGUUAGGACGCCUUCUGGACGCCUACCGUUAGAGGUGUUCCAGACAUGUCCCACCGGGAGGAGACCUCGUGGCCGACCCAGGACCAGGUGCAGGGAUUACAUCUCUCACCUGGCCUGGGAGUGCCCUGGAAUCCCCCCAGAGGAGCUGGUGGAAGUGGCUGGGGUGAGGGCCGUCUGGGCUUCCCUCCUGAAGCUGCUGCCCCCGCAACCCGAACCCGGAUGAAGCAGAAGAAAACGACGACGACUUGACUUCAUAGUAGUGGUCUUUAAUGCUUAUUGCGUCUUAAAACAGAGGAUAGAAUUAGAAGAAGUAGCAGACUGCUAGUGAGCUAGCUAUAUCAGCUUUUUCAGAGAUGAUUUAGCAUCUUUAAAAGUGAUGCUCAAGAUUUAUAAUGAAUCCAAAAUCAAAGUUAGAGCCUGUGCCUCCCACAGAGGUACAAAUCAGUUGAAUAUUAUUACUUCCUAACCUUUCUUUUAACUGUUUUCUUUCAGCUCUGUAACUUACAACAUACCAGAAGUUUUAUUUUUCAAAAUAAAAGCACGUUUUUGACAUCCGUUCAUAUUUUAUAGAGCAAAUGCAUCUUAAAUAUAUGAAAUAACUGCUUUAUCUACGAAUCUCACUCUUGUUUUCUUUUGUUCACAGCGGAAACAAAAAAAAGGCAAAGACUCUGCCGAGGAAUCAGGUCACAUGAACGAGAAAGUGGAGGUCAUGGAUGUUGUCGCCAUCUGCUGUCCCAAAUACAAAGACAGACCACAGAUUGCCCAGAUCGUCCAGAAGACCAGAAACGGCUACAGCAUACACUGGAUGACUGGAUCCUACUCUGGACCCUGGACCGUGGCAAAGAAACGGGACGGUCGCAAAAAGGUGCCUUGGGUCGACACUAUCAAGGAGACGGACAUCAUUUACAAGAAAAUCUCCUUGACGAGCGGACAGAAGCUGACCAACAAGGUGGCACAGACGUUACGGGCACUUUACGCUGCUAAGGAGGGGGGUAAGAGCUAAUCGGCUGGAAUAUCUCAGACAGAAACCCCUCACAGCCCAAAUCUACGUGGAUCUGUUACAGAGAGAUGUUGCCUGUUGAGAUCCCGGGACCUGGUGGGGAGGAAGUUUUAGGAACACGUGGACGUGUUUAAGUUUGACACAUGAAAAAAGAAGGAGAUGUUUGUGAAAAACAUUGUGUGGGGGUUCCUUCGCUGUUGUGCAGCAACUUUGUUUGAUUUUUACUCCCACUGUAUAAUAGUUUAACUAAACACAUGUUUAUAUCUGAACAUAAUUCUGUAAAAAAUUAAACUGAAUGUUGGAAAUUAGUGUAUUGAUGAUGUUCUUAAUAAAGUGUUUUUGGAGUUUAAACUAGCAUCAGAUGGAUUUAUUCACUUGACGUGAACUCCAACAACUUUUAACCCUCUUUUUCUCUUGUUAAAGACCUUUUAGUUGUUCACCAACACUGUGUAAUGGAGUAUCUUUGAUAUAAUUUAUUCACGUUAAGAGCAGUGCAGUAUCUGUGCCUAUAUGAAGGGGAGGUUAUAUUGUUUUUAACAUAGAUUUUGAUGUAGUAGAACACACAAUGAGAACAAAAAUGAUCCCCAGCUCUUCUGGUUGAACAAAUACUGCAAUAAAUUUUCUUAUGUCUUUGUAACCUGCUUGUGCCUUUUUCAUCCCUCAGUAGAAAGUAUGUUUCAAUAUCUUCAUUUCUUUGUAACUGUCGAUGCCUCACACUGUCAUAUGUACACAACUGUGCAAAAUUCUGUUGCAGCAGUCAUAAAUACUACCCCAUAAAUUCUGUUUUUUUUAAUGUAAAUAUAUUCUAAAUAUAUCAGACAAGUGUUACACUUUUGUGAAGACAACUUUCUCAAAGAAUAUUAGUUUAUUGAUGGGGCACAACAGCCAAGUAGAGAAAUAGGACGUUUUAUAUGGGUUUGGGUGAUUAGCACAGCUUUAUUGCUCGUUUAGCCACUGCAAAACGGCAUCUUUAAUAGGGGUGGGAGAAAAACCGAUACAGCAUAGUAUCGCAAUAUUUUGUCUGGUGAUACAUCGUAUCUUCACAUUUACCAAAUAUCGAUUUUUCAAUCUUAUUGCUCAUAUGAAGUCAAUCUAUGAUAAUGGAAAAAUAAAAUCAACUGGUUGUUUAGUGAGAUUGGCAGAGGUGACAUCACAGAGCAGGAGAAAGUUAGUACAAUAAAUAUAUAAAAGGUUUGCAAGAUGUGCUACAUGAAAAGAAAAUACUGUGUAAAUAAGACAAACAUAAAGGGAAGACAAAUGCUGAAUUAGCUGAACAGUUGAAAAAAAAUGAUAAAUCGCAAUAUAUUGUAUCCCAAUACUCACUGUAUCGCAUCAUGUUAAAAAUGGCGAUAAAAUCGUAUCAUGGCCCAAGUAUCAUGAUGAUAUUGAAUCGUGGGGCCAUGAGUGAUUCCCACCCCUAAUCUUAAACCCAGAAAGAUGUUCUCCACUUGGGUGUGUAUCAUGCCAGUUUUCCUUUAGGACCAUGAAGCGUGCGUAAUGACUGUUCUUUCCAUGAGAAAGACAUGUGCACCAAACUCUGACAUGCACAAGACUCCAAUCUGCAUAGAGGUGCAAACUAGCAAAGCUAAUCUGCGAAUAUUUUAGUCCACCCUUCACUUACCUUUACCUAAACCCAUAACAAGCACUUGGCAAACCCUAAACUUAGGUUAGCAAUUUUAAUUAGAUUUAAUAAUUGAGGCUCUCAAUGUGACAUUUGCCACUGCUUUAAUUAUCUGUAUUCACUGUUGAGUUACCUAAAGCAAAAACUGGACCGUACAGGCCCAAUAAGGGAAAAAGUUCUUCUUAAAGGGAUAUUCCGACGCAUAAUUAAUUUAGGGUCAAACACACCGUAACACUGAGUUAGACACCCCCUUGAGAGAUGAAUGUUGCUGACCACUUGCUUCUCUAGUUAUACCAACUUUAGUAACGACCGCAGGAUAGCAAUACACAGCAGUCUGAGGAGUCAUAAACAAAUCUUUACCAAAACGCCACUCUAUAACCACAAAUAAUGCUCAGAACAACACCUAACUUCAUCAACAGUACAUAUGGGGUCCCUGUCACAGCACAAACACAACUUACCUACUCUCCUCCAGCAGCUGCUUGUUUGUAGCAAGACCUCAGGCCAGUCCAUUACGGACUACAGGGGGGUGACGCAGCUCAAGGAAGAACAUUUAUGAUAAUUUCUUCAUGGAAAUGCAGUCAGACCAAGACACUAAGGCAGAACUACCACGUCUGCAGUACAAAAUGAUUAAUAAGAUAAUUAUUACUUCAAGGAAAAGAUAAAUAAAUGAUAAAGAAAUUAUCAUGAAUGUCAUAAGCUGUCACCGAGGUCUUGCUACAAACAAGUGGCUGCUGGAGGAGAGUAGGUGAGUUGUGUUUAGUCUCUUUGCUAAAAAAAUUAGGCAAAGUUAAAAGGAUAUUUGAUGGCUAGUGCUGUGGCUAGGACCCUAUAGUUGAUGAAGUUAGGUGCUGUUCUGAGCAUUAUUUGUGGUUAUAGAGUGGCGUUUUGGUUGAAGUUUGUUUAUGGCUCCUCAGACCGCUGUGUAUUGCUAUCGUGCGGUCGUUACUAAAGUUGGUAUAAGUAGAGAAGCAAGUGGUCGGCAACAUUCAUCUCUGGAGGGGGUGUCUAGCUCGGUGUUAUGGUGUAUUUGACCCUAAAUUGAUUUUAUGCCAGAAUAUCCCUUUAAGUCUGCCAACUGUGCAGGUGAUAUCAUUCUAUCUCCACAAGAGGGCGCUUUCAGUUAAAUUAUUUUUAAACCCUCUUUGCACUGCAUCUGCAAGACAGAGCAACAACAGCCCUGGUCUAUUUCCCAUAGCUUUUAUAAAACUGAUUACAUAAGGCAAUAUGAGCCCAGUUUUUUUAUUUUUUAUUUUUCUUUGCCGCAUCAUCCAGGAAUUUUAAAUCAAAUUUGCAUCACCCUGAAGUGCAGCUCAUAUUUCUUUUCCUUUGUGGAUCCUCUGUUGCAUCUGGAUCCUUCUCUGCUCUUAAAAUCAGGACUAAUGGCUUCUGGGACUGUUACCAAAAGUCAAUUUCAGUUUCACAGCCAAUAAUACCUCUGCCUUUUGAGUCUCUGCAGGAGAUAACUCAGCAAAGUGGAGAUCAGAGGAUCACAGACAGAGGAUAUUGACUCUGCAGUGGCCUCAAAAAAAUCCAAAUCAUCCUGAAUCCUGAAGCUUUGAGUACAAAACUGCAAUUAAUGUGACAACCAGAGAGAAGUUUCUGUGAAACUAAGUAUAUUUUCUUAUCAUAUGUUGACUAAAAAAGCUAAAAAUUUCCUCUCUUUCCAAGGGAAAAGGUCUAAUAAUAAUAGGAAAGUAAAUCCUGUUUCUGAUUCCAAAUGUUUUAUGUAAACCUGCUGGUGUCGUAACAGAGUGAUGACCUCUCCCUGAGCUCUGAUUGAUUGAACUCAGCCCAGCUUCCCCUCUGUCACUACGUUUCUGUCUUGUUCACACACACACACACACACACACACACACACACACACACACACACACACACACACACACACACACACACACACACACGCACAUGCACACACAUUUACUCUCAGUGGGCUGACACAUCGGUGUUGUCAGCUCAGCAGGGUGCAGGCUAGCCCAGAGAAACACCACAGAGAGGCAGGCAGGAAGACAGAGAGAGCCCUCAGAUAUGGAGGCCAAUCUGUGCACCUGGGUUUUCCUCUGAGACGACAUUUGCUCCUUGUGUUUGCAGGGAAAUCUACUGUAGCAAGAAGUACAGCCAAGUAUUUUCAAAGACACUAGUCAUGAUUAAGUGAAAAUAUCCUCUAUCCCUACUGAAGCUGCUGUGUGGAACUUUUAAUUUUGUCAAUUUUGACAGUCCUCAUGUGGGCAAAGCUGUAAGUGUUUUUUCUAUGAAUCUUUAAUGCAGACAGUGUAAAGAAAGACUGUUUCUGCACUCAGCCUGACACUGAACCAGUGGUAACCAUGGAUAAUACAAACCUACUUUACAGAGGUCACAGAGUUGUUUCCUAACCAGCUAAAAUUCCUUACUGGAGCUUUAACACAAUUCCUGGAUAGUUUAGGAUGGUAAAGUCUCCUUUUCUCUGAUUAUAUCUUUCACCUGGGUGUGAAAUCCUAAUUCGCAGCGUUGUUUUUAUCUAACGUUGUCAGACCCACCUUGAAUUUAAAAUCAAUAACUUUGAACCAAUGUUCAAACACUCUUCUCAUGUCUGAAGAAUCUUUUGCAUCAGCUUUUUCAUGGUGAACAUUUAUCAGACACUCAUGUCGAUUCUCGGCUCUGGCACUGAUGUUGUUUUCAAGGACAAAUAACUCAAAUGCUCUCCAUAACACUUAAGGUUUCACUUCACGAUGAAACUGUAGAGAUUUACAUCGAUUAAAAAGUAUGAUAGCAGUGGAUUAAAUCUUCAUAUUGUGACUGAGAUAAGAAACUCUUUCUUUCUUUGUUAUUAUGAACACUGUGUGCCAGCUCCACACAGGAGGAGACGGCUAAUGCGGCCAGUGAGGAGAUGAUUUACCCACAAACCCCCUCUCUCUACAGCGGCAGUGACAGCACUGUGGCAAUGAGGCUUUUAUUUGUGACCACAUGCCAAGCCGGGGCAGAUGGCUGUCUCCAUGACAACAAAUCAUGACAAUAGACCUUGUCAUAUAAGAUCUAAUCAUGUUGAUUUACAGGGAAUUUGUUUGUAAUACAUUUAAUUAAGAAAUAUUGAAGGUGUCACAUAGAAAGGAAGAUCUUAAAGGGAUAUUCCGGCGUAAAAUUAACAGAGUUAGACACCCCCUCAUUUCUUUAUUAUUUCCUUGAAGUAAUAAUCAUCAUAUUAAUCAUUUCGCACUGCAGAAGUGGUAGUUCUUCUACCUUAGUGUCUCAGUCUGAUUGCAUUUCCAUGAAGUAAUGAUCAUAAAUGUUCUUCCUUGAGCUGCGUCACCCCGCAGCAGUCUGUAAUGGACUGGCCUGAGUUCUCGCUACAAACAAGCGGCUGCUAGAGGAGAGUAGGUGAGUUGUGUUUAGUCUCUUUGCUAAAGAAAUUAGGCAAAGUUAAAAAGAUGUUUGGUGGCUAGUGCUGUGGCUGGGACCCUAUAUGUACUGUUGAUGAAGUUAGGUGCUGUUCUGAGCAUUAUUUGUGGCUAUAGAGUGGCGUUUUGGUUGAGGUUUGUUUAUGGCUCCUCAGACCCCUGUGUAUUGCUAUUGUGCGGUCGUUACUAAAGUUGGUAUUUCUAGAGAAGCAAGUGGUCGGCAACAUUCAUCUCUGGAGGGGGUGUCUAACUCGGUAUUACGAUGGGUUUGACCCUAAAUUAUUUUUACACCGGAAUAUCUCUUUGAUAUAGAGGGUGGUCUGAUGAUUAUACUUGUGUUUUAUUUCUAUUGAAUCUGGGGUAAGACAGUGAAGAGUUAAACCAAUGCCAAAUAAAUACACAACACAUCAUAUGAUGAGUAUUAAUUUAAAAUUAGUUAAUAUUAUAUCUGUCAAAACACACAAAAAAGGUUAAAAAAAGAAGCUCUGGGAAGGGAAAGGAAAAAGUACCAUCUAGUUUAAAUGAUAACUUCUAAUGAUUUAUUUUCCCCCCCAAAGUCAUUAAAACCAGAUGAAGAUAUAGUUAGCCAAACAAGACCAAAUAAAGUUUUGGGGUGAGUUGUCUACAGUAGAAGAAGUCUAAAACAGAUUGGAUCAGUUAUGGCUCAGUAAAGCUUCUCAAACAUAUCAAAUACUUUGAUUUAAUUUGGUUGGUGAAUGCACUGAACACAGUUUGCUCUGAAGAUUUGUUGAAAAUAAAAAGGACCCCAAACUGAUCCUUGUGGGACACCACAAAUUACAGGGGCAGGCUUUAGUAGAGGCCCUCCUUGUUUUAGCAGUGGAUUUCAUCACACAAUCAGGACCUGUGAAGUCCCCAAACCCAGAUUAAGCGUAAUCAAAUUGCAAAGAGUUGAUAGGGUUGAAAACCGUUGCAAAGGUCGAUCACUUUGAUGAGGAGGUAGUUCCAUUUCAGGAACAGAAGACAUGCUGAGCUGUGAAUAUAAUAAGCAUCCACUCUACAUUUGUACUUUUCUCACAUUGAUUAGAAGCAAAAGCAUCAAUACUGAGGCGUGUCAGGUUACUUUGAAAGCAGGACGCUCAGCGGUUGAAUCCUGUGGCUUCUCAAAGGGGGACUACAGCUUCAGUUUGACUCAUGUAACCCCCAUUAUCUCUGAAAGUUUCCUACUUUAUCCAUUUUCUUGUCCUUAAAAUAGAACAUUAAAAGCCCACAAGAUAACCUCUAGAAAAUAAUCACUCUGGAUGCUAGUUGGCUGCCUUUGCCAGCUGAAAGAGGUGAGACAAGCAGCGCUUUGAUAUCUGGUUUCCAAAGCAACAUGAGGAAACAAAGACCCCUGACAGAGCAGGUGCAUGUGAAAAAUAUCAAGAAAUAGCUUUAAUAUGAAACGGACAUGACUGAACAUUUAUAAAAGCACUACCAAAUCCAAAAUCAGUUAUGUAAAAGGCAUGUAGAGGAGUAGAGAGUGUUCGGUUGGGUGUUCUAGUCAUUUUGUUGUUUUGUGUACAUCUCCGUCUCCAUAUUGUGUUGUCUUUUAUCUCUUAGUGGACAAAUCUCUUUUGGUUUGCAGACUUCCCCAGAGUGCAUCACACUGUAUCUCUCUUUGUUGUUUUUUAGAAGUGACCUGGGGCUGAACAGGAUUUGAUGUUUUGUAAGACCCAGAAGGGUUUAGGGUCUGUGAAUUAUUAAAAUCCCUCCACGUUCAUGUUUGAACUGCCUCUCUACACACAGACACACACAAACACACCAACACGAGUGAGCAGGCCAAAUCCUAUAGAGGUCUAACCCAUCAAUCCCCCCCACACACCUGCAUACACACAUCCAUCUCAUCUUUUGUCUGUGUUCAGGGAGACUUCUGGUGGCAGCCUGUUGUAUUUUUAAUGCCUUCCUUCCUUCUCAGCUGUGUGUGAUGAAUGUUUGAUUCGACCUCUCAUGGCCUGAGGUGAAUCAGACCGAGCUGAUUCCACCAGGCCGCAGAGGGCCUGAAAUAUUCACAUUCAGGAGCUGCUGAGUGGACUCCUUGUCCCAAUAAAGUCAAUAACAUACCUGAAUCAAGGCUGUCAGAGAGACUGAAUCACAUCUGACUUCCCAGAUUGCAACCCAGCAUGAAUAUAAAGUUCCUAAUGUGUAUGUGUGUAUCUUUUGUGCAUCAAUUCAUGUCUAUUCAUCCUCCUCCCUCUGCGACAUUUGUGACGUUUCUUCCUGCAACAGCUGAGUGCAGUUCUGAAAGUUGUCUCCUCAACAAAAGGCAAACUUCUAGCCUUAGAUUAUCCUCCUGGGUAAAAUACAAUCUUUUAUGAUCAGGUCAUAAGAUAAAAUGGCUCAUUAAGCACUGCCAACUAAAUUUAACAUCUCCACAUGCAUAAGACGCACACUCACAAGCACAAGGUAUCCUCUCUGAUAAAAUGUGACAGACUGGAAGUCUCUGAUCUACAUUUCUUUUCAUUUGAUAUCCAUCUUUAACCUCCUCUGAUUUCUGAUUCCUUUUAUAUCACAACUCGCUUGCUGGUAGAUGCAAGUUUUUCCACUUUCAAAGAGGAUUUUUUCCCCAAGUGAGUGUCUUGAAAGCGCUUAUUAGACUGCAAGGGAUAAACCUGAGUGAGAUCAAAGAUGGAUGCUGUGAUCAGACAUCCAUCGCUUUUUUUUGCUGCACGAUAAUGAAUUUAUGAAAGGGUUAAAGCCAGACACUUGCUGCAUGUGAGGUUCAUUAUAGCAGACAUAAUUUUGUUAAGAUAAAGCCUUGGUAUGUUUCUGAUGGUGAAGUGUGCUUAAUUUAAUGAUGCAAGGAAAAAAAAAACAGUUCAAUGAAAAUGCCAUAUGUGUGUGCUCUCAUUUUAGGAUAACAAACCAGAAAAGGCAAAAUAUGUAGCUGUGCUCUGGUUUAUUUGGAUUCCAACUGAAUGUCGUUCAGAAUAAAAUAGAAAACUACCAUUUUUACAACAUCCCUAUGUUGUUCUAAUAACUGUCACUUCAUAUCCCAUAAUGUAUUUGGCUGACUACAGAGCUUUCAGAGAGUUUUGAAUAGUAACCCCUCACACAGGUUUGGGUCAUUAGCUUUAGUUAUAUCAUCAUUACUGUACUGGUAUUUACAGUGGCCCUGAAGGGCAACUACACAAAUAUUUAAGACUACAAAAAAUUGUGUAAAAUAUAAAAAAAAUAGCAGAAAAUGCAAAAACAACCACACAGCCAAACAAAGUAAAAAAUAACUACUGAAAAUUACAAACUUUCACAAAACCGAAAGUAUUUAAUUAAAAUCCAAAAAACAUUUUUCUAUAAAAAUAAAAAAGAACAUGUCAUGAAAAUAAGAAACCUUUAAUGGAAGGGGAAAACAUUUUAUGAAACACAUCACAUUUAACGAUGCAAAACUAUCAAACUUCUUCACAAUACCCAAAAACAUUUCCCUUAAAAAAACACUUGAUUCAACUGCAAAAUGUUUUUGCAUUCUAUAAAAUCCUUUUGGCUUUAAAUCGUUAUUAUUGCUUUUUGUUUUGUGAAUUUUUUUUUCAUUCUGUAUUUUUGUCUUGUGAAACAUGUGUUGUGUUUUGUAAAAUGUUUUUUGUUCCUCAUAAAAUAUUUGCGUUUUUUAAAUAUUCUGUCUUUUUAUGAACCAUUUUUGCAUUACGAGAACUUUAGUUUGUUUUCUGAAAUAUUUAUGAGUUUAUGAUUUCAGCAUUCAGUGAAAUAUUAUUUUUGUGUCACUCCGAUGUGUGACAUUUAUGGUCACCACCGUAUUUAUUGCUGCCAUUAUUGGAGUUGUAGUCAUGAGUCAAUCAAUCAAUCAAUCAGUCUUUAUAUAUAUAGCACUUUUCAUACAGAAAAGACGUAGCACAAAGUGCUUUACAUAGCAGAGAAAUAAAAGACACAAAGAAAACCUUAAUCUACCCCCAACCCAACCCCUCAAAAUCUAAGCUCAAUAGAAAGAUGUAUUAAAAUGCAUUAACUUAAAAAGGGCUUGAUUCAUAUAAACAGGAAUGUGCACACUGAGGAAACGCUGUUUUAAAAUUCAAGGAAAGGAGUCUGUAUUAUGAUGUUGUAUUUUUUUUCUUUUCUUUAUCUCUCUCCUUCAGCCCACUCAGUGUCAGUGGAUGUCUGUUCACCAUGAAUCCCACAGGCGGGAAGCUUUUUGCUGCAACUGUUGCAAAAUCUUGCAAAGUGGUUGCAUGGAGGAGACUGCUGUGUGUAUAUGAUAAGAUAAAUAGUCUAUCCAGACCUGUCUUUUUGUUAAGUGUCCUGAGAGUGUUCCCAUGAUUUACACUGUCCGCUCUGACAGUGAAAUAUUCUCAAACUAAAAAUAAAUGUAAUUAGGUUAAGCUUUAUUUUUAGGCCAUGAGGAUUAAGGGGUUGGUGCUUACCAUUUUGUGCUGUCUGUACAUCUGUUCUUCUGAUAACGAGACAAUAUAUUUUCAAACAUUGCAGCUCAACUUUCUUGUCCAUAAUUUGAAUAUCUUGUGGUAAAAGUUGUGAAUGAAAUGACCUUUCUUACUGACCAGAUGCUGGAUAGUGUAAAAAUUCUCUAUACUAUAUAAAAAGUGAGUAGAGAGACAAAAUGGAUCAAUUCCUACCACACAGACUAAACCUCUUAUGUGAACAGGGAGGCUAGAGUCCACUGUGUGAUUUCAAAAACAAUCAUCACA